UUCCCACUGAACCGGGAUUAGUGUAAUACACCGCCAUUGUUGUUACUUCACUUUGUUCAGGCGGCAUAGAUGGCUCCUAUCGCAGUUGGAGAUGUGAUUCCCGACGGAGUUUUGUCCUAUUUGGAUGAGAAUAACAAACCUCAAACCGUGUCUAUCCACUCUAUCGCCGCCGGCAAGAAGGUCAUCAUAUUCGGUGUUCCCGGUGCCUUCACUCCUACCUGCAGCUUGAAGCACGUGCCUGGCUUCAUUGAGAGAGCAGAGGAGCUGAAAGGAAAGGGUGUGGAUGAAAUCAUCUGUGUCAGUGUUAACGAUCCAUAUGUAAUGGGCGCAUGGGCCAAAAGUUUCCCUGAGAACAAGCAUGUGAAGUUCCUUGCUGAUGGUUCCGCCAAAUAUAACCAAGCUCUCGGGCUGGAGCUUGACCUUACAGAGAAAGGCCUUGGCACCCGUUCGAGGAGGUACGCCCUCUUGGUUGAUGAUCUCAAGGUGAAGGUUGCAAAUGUUGAGAAUGCAGGAGAAUUCACAGUCUCCAGUGCUGAAGAUAUCAUCAAAGCUCUGUGAGCCCCCCCCCCCCACAUGUCUUUAUGAUGCUGCGUGUCUUUAGUCCCUCCUCUCCGUUAGCUUCUUUUGUGUGUGCUUGCGUUUUCUGAUAUUCCAAGCAUUUUGGUUUAAGUAUGUAAUAUGUGGUUUAGAGGGGAUGUGACAUACUGCACAUGGAAAUAAUACAGCGGCUCUUUUCUUGUGAGUUA